UCCCGGGAGCCGGCGGCCGAGCAACGCCCCUGCGGGGCCGAGCAGGAGUGGGUACCAUGGAUUCUUUCAAGGUAGUGCUGGAAGGGCCAGCACCCUGGGGUUUCCGGCUGCAGGGGGGCAAGGACUUCAACGUACCCCUCUCCAUCUCCAGGCUUACGCCUGGCGGCAAAGCAGCACAAGCUGGUGUCGCUGUAGGCGACUGGGUGCUGAGCAUUGAUGGCGAGAAUGCUGGGGCCCUCACGCACAUCGAAGCCCAGAACAAGAUCCGAACCUGCGGGGAGCGCCUCAGCUUGGGUCUCAGCAGGGCCCAGCCAGCUCAGAGCAAACAACAGAAGGCCCCGGCCCCAACCGCGGACCCCCCGCGGUACACCUUUGCACCCAGCGCCUCCCUCAACAAGACGGCCCGGCCCUUUGGGGCCUCCCCUACUGCUGACAGCGCCCCGCAGCAGAACGGAUUGCCAGUACGACCACUGGUCCCUAAUGCCAGCAAACAACGAUUGAUGGAGAACACGGAGGACUGGCGGCCUCGACCCGGGACAGGCCAGUCCCGUUCCUUCCGCAUUCUUGCCCACCUCACGGGCACCGAGUUCAUGCAAGACCCGGAUGAGGAACACCUAAAGAAAUCCAGCCAGGUACCCAGGACAGAAGCCCCAGCCCCAGCCUCAUCUACAACCCAGGAGCCCUGGUCACCUGGCCCUACCAGUCCCAGCCCCACCAGCCGCCCACCCUGGGCCGUGGACUCUGCAUUUGCUGAACGCUAUGCCCCGGACAAAACCAGCACUGUGCUGACCCGGCACAGCCAGCCGGCCACGCCCACGCCCCUGCAGAACCGCACCUCCAUCGUGCAGGCAGCCGCUGGAGGGGGCAUGGGAGGCAGCAGUGGCAGCAAUGGCAAGACUCCUGUGUGCCACCAGUGCCACAAAGUCAUCCGGGGCCGUUACCUGGUGGCACUGGGCCAUGCGUACCAUCCUGAGGAGUUUGUGUGCAACCAGUGUGGGAAGGUGCUAGAAGAGGGUGGCUUCUUCGAGGAGAAGGGGGCUAUCUUCUGCCCCCCCUGCUACGAUGUGCGUUAUGCACCCAGCUGUGCCAAGUGCAAGAAGAAGAUUACAGGCGAGAUCAUGCAUGCCUUGAAGAUGACCUGGCACGUACACUGCUUCACCUGCGCUGCUUGCAAGACGCCCAUCAGGAACAGGGCCUUCUACAUGGAGGAGGGGGCACCCUACUGCGAGCGAGAUUACGAGAAGAUGUUUGGCACGAAAUGUCGAGGCUGUGAUUUCAAGAUAGAUGCUGGAGACCGCUUCCUGGAGGCCCUGGGCUUCAGCUGGCAUGACACAUGCUUUGUUUGUGCGAUAUGUCAGAUCAACUUGGAAGGAAAGACCUUUUACUCCAAGAAGGACAAGCCCCUUUGCAAGAGCCACGCCUUUUCUCAUGUGUGA